GGCCGAGUGCCGGCCAGCCGACGCUGCAACGUCCAGACGUGCUGAUCCCAACCACUGCACAAGGUCGGACCCAACGUGGCGGUCAAUCGCGUGCCGGAAAGAUAUGCUUAGUGCAUUUCACGACUCCUUUUUGGACGAGUCUGUCAGAUUUUGAACACUGCGCGGCCCGAGCCUCCCUGAGGAUGUAUCGCGGCCUCCUUAUAUAUCUCAUAUAAUGGUGCCCAGGCGCAUCAAUCCUACGAACAAGCGCUAAGCACUAGUAACCAAACUAUGCGAUCGUUUGUUCAAUUGUUAGUGCAAGAUCAACCACUAUAAACUUCGACUUUGGAUUUCUGAGAAUACAAAGAACCAAUCACUAGCAAAGAUCGAUUCAGCGCCAUGGCCGGCGGUAAGCGACCCGACGUGCACCCUGUGAUAGACUUGGAGAAGGAUAUGGUAGGAUGGGACGGCGAGGAUGACCCAACAAACCCGAGAAAUUUUCCUGUGUCCCAGAAGUGGUUUCUGAUGAUACUGGUCAGUACCAUCACAUUCAUCAGUCCAUUCGCGUCCUCGGUCUUCUCUCCGGGUGUGGUAUAUGCGGAAGAGGAAUUUGAUGUCACGUCGACGAUUUUGGGAACUCUCUCCGUCACAGGUUAUCUCAUCGGUUAUGUGACUGGUCCUCUCUUUUUCUCUCCGCUGAGUGAGAUGUACGGCCGACGGAUCGUCCUCAGUGCGGCCAACACGUUCUUCGUCGCCUUCCAAAUUGGCUGCGCGCUGGCCCCCAAUAUAUCUGCGCUGAUCGUCUUUCGUUUCCUGACGGGUGUUGGUGGAUCGGCUUGUUUGACUACAGGCGGUGGUGUGGUAGCGGAUUUGUUUGUGGCUGAACAGCGUGGAAUCGCAAUGGCAGUUUAUACUACGGGUAUCCUGAUCGGACCCGUGCUAGGACCACUUCUUGGAGGUUUCAUCGCUCAGCGAGCGGGUUGGCACUGGGUGUUCUGGGUGCUGGUCAUCGCGGGCGGCACGCUCUCUGCGCUGGUCAUGGUUUUCAACCGGGAGACCAACCACGUCGUAAUCAUCCGCCGCAAGACCGAGCGUCUUCGCAAAGAGCUCAAUCGUCCCGAGCUCUACAGCUGUUAUGAACCUGAUGGAGCGGACGCCAAAGGUUCUUAUACCGGUACCCUCGGCAAGCGGUUAAUCAUGCCCUUCUACCUCUUGGUCCGUUCGCCGAUCGUAUUUCCCGUUGCGACCUAUCUGGCCACACUGUACGGAUGCCUCUACUUGCUCUUCACCACCGUCACCGAUGUCUUUAAGAAGUCCUACGGCUGGAGCACGGAAAUCAGUGGCCUCGCGUAUCUCGGUCUCGGUGUCGGCUUUAUCAGUGGCCAGAUCGUCUUCGCCUUGGUCAGUGAUCGCUUGAUCACCCGGUUGAAGUUGCGCAACAACAACGUCUUUGAGCCGGAAAUGCGCCUGUCAAUCACCAUGAUCUUUGCCUUCUUUAUCCCCGUCUCAUUCUUUUGGUACGGAUGGUCUGCGCAGGAGAAAACCCACUGGAUUGUGCCGAUCAUCGGCCUGGCGCCCUUUGCGUUCGGCAUGGUGGGUAUUUACAAUACCCUGCAGACCUAUGUGAUUGACUGCUAUCCUCGGUACGCUGCCUCCGGUACCGCCGCGAUGGUGGUUACCCGGUCGCUGAUGGGUGCUCUGCUGCCGCUGGCGGGACCGCGCAUGUACUCGACUUUGGGCUACGGAUGGGGUAAUUCCUUGCUGGGAUUCGUGACACUGGGCAUGAUCCCAGUGCCAAUGCUCUUUUACAAGUAUGGUGGCAGCGUCAGAAAGUCAUCUCAAUUGGAAUUGUGAUGGUUGUGCGGUUGUCACACAAUUCAUCAGAAAAGGAUGGAUAGACUGAGCGUGAGGCUGGAGGAAAUGUGCAUCAAAGGAAUUGGAUACUUUUUUUUUUUUUUGGGAGUUCUGUGUCUCUAUAUUGUUAGUCUAUUUACUACCUGCAUAUAGACGAGCUUUCUGGGAUUGUCAUGUGGCGUUGUGGCGCUGGGAAGGUGCUGUGCCAGUAUGAGGCUGGUCCAGGAUUGCAUACUGUGGAUGGUUCAAUCACCUUAAUAUAUGAUAUUGAUCAUGGAUUUCGAAAUCAUAGACAUUCAAGCGAU